CUGACGGUGCCUGGGUGUGGGCCUGUUGCCUAAGCAUUUUUGUGGUACUGCUUAGUGGGGUUUGUAGUGCUUCUAAUACAGACAGCAGCUGAGGUGAUCAUAGGGUUGGUCCUCCAGCCAUGGUUGGCAUUUGGCUAAUAUUUGUAGGUCUUUUUUGGCUAUUUUCAGCCCUCCCUGUACGUGGCCGCGGAGACAGCUUCCAAGUGGCGCAUGCCCAAGAGAGUGACUCGGAUGAGGCCAGAGAUCCGCCUGAUGACAUCCUUGACAUUAACCAAGAGCUGGUUUUUCCAGGGGCACCAGAAAGCAGCUUCCUGAUCGAGGGGGACAUCAUCAAAGUGAAUCCUUUCAGGCUGUUUCCGUCUGCCAACCCAAGAUGGCCGAAGAAGAGAGGGACUGUCCAAAUUCCCUAUGUAAUCUCCUACAAAUAUGACAAAUCCAGUGUGAAGAUCCUCAAGGAAGCAUUUAAAGAUUUUGCAAGGUUCACUUGCAUCAAGUUUGUCCCUUACUCCUACCAGAGAGACUUCAUCGCCAUUGCUCCACUCUCUGGCUGCUUCUCCAGCGUUGGACGCAUUGGUGGGAUGCAGGUGGUAUCGUUGGCUCCAGCUUGUCUCAACAGGGGGAAGGGGGUGGCGCUUCAUGAGCUCAUGCAUGUUGUCGGCUUCUGGCAUGAGCAUUCUAGAGCAGACCGGGACAAGUACAUCAGCAUCUCUUGGAAUGAAAUCUUAACUGGCUUUGAAACAAACUUUAUGAAGUCUUGGAAUACCAACAUGCUGGUGGACUAUGACUACUCAUCUGUCAUGCACUAUGGCAGUAGGAAUGCCUUCAGCGUGACUGGCUUGCCCACCAUUAUACCACUCUCUGGUUCCUACACAUUCCUUGGCCAAAGGUGGAACUUGAGCAAUUCAGAUAUUGCCAGAGUCAACAAACUUUAUAAGUGUUCUCAGGUUGCAACACAGCCAGAAACAGCAACUGAGAGAGUUGUCGUGGAGAAUAUAAUGGACUUCAUUCCAAGUGAGCUCAAGCCCUGUACAACUGAAAACAAAGCCAAAUUUUCUACUGUCUCUGCCAGAGAACUGCUCCCUCCUGCCAGAGAGCCUCUGGGCACCACUGUGCCAGCCAGCCAAGUUGUUGGUAAAACCUUGAGCACUACAGAAACCCAGGCGAAGGGGAUUUGGUCACCUGGACCAGAGAAGCAAAACCAAAGCACAACACCUCUACACCCCCCUGGUGAAGCUGAAGGGAGUCAAAAAUCCUGGAUGGUUACAGAAGAGAUGCCACAGCAAACCCAACCUGGAGAAACGGAGUCUCAAAUGGUGAGCGGUGCGGCCCAGAAGACCUCUGUGUCGCAAGCUCUGCAGUAUCUCACCAGUAGUGCAAGGGCGCUGAAAGAGCGGCCUCCAAGCUCUACGGAGGCCUACAUACAAAGAGAGCAAAGCCUGACCGAAGCAAGGACAAGAGUAGCGCCAGAGGUGGAGCUUUCCCUUUCCUACCUGACAAAAACACCAAUUCCUUUUCUAACAGAAACUGUCCAGGGAGCUGCCACAAGGCCUGGUAAAGAAGCUCCGCACCAGCCUCUUUCCGGAACAGCCAUGCAUGUAGAGCCUAGAGUAGAACUAUCUGCCACUACGGAGGUGGGAAGCAGUGGGUCUGAGGGUGGCAAUGGCUCCCCAAGCCCAACUGAGGGCCGUCCUUUCUCUGUGAUGGAAAACCAAACCAAGGAACAACUGACGGAACUACUCCAUCAGGCCAUCGGCGUCUUUAGAAAUGAAACUGGGAACCUUGCUUAUACAAGCCCAAUGGAAGGCGUCCAGACAAAAGCAACAAGCUUUUCAUAUAUGACACCCUCUCCAGGAGGCACCAGUAACCCAGUCACAGCCUCCCCUGUUUGGGGGCUGGAAGAAACCCUGCAGAGUGAAGUGGGAAGCCUGGCUAGCUUUGGCACCGUUGGCAGCCAGGGCGGGAUGGCAAAAAAGGAAGUGGGACGCUUCUACACCAAGAAAAGCAAUGUGCCAACUUACACGCCGUCCUCAGCCAGCAGUAAACAGCAUGCCACACACAAGCUGGCACCUGCUUUGUCCGCUGCUACUGAGGGGUCUCCAGCCCUUGCAAGUUCAGAGGCUCCGGAACGGCACCUUGGUCAGGCUGCUGCUGGAGCCUCAUCCCCAUGGACUGCCAUCAUGGGCCCUCUUGCUGUUUCAAGGCCAUGGGUGGCAACUUCCUCAGAGAGCAGCCAGGUGCAAGUGGGACAGUUCUAUCGGCCACCUGCUCAGCUGGCAAGGAAAGGCUACAGAACAGAGUCAUCUGUUACACACAUACCUCCAAGGUCUGUCAUGGUGCAAGUUACUGAACCUGAGCUGGAGGCCCCUGGCCGGGCACAAUUGUCCAGCCAGACAUCCACUCUGGCAGAGCAGGCUUUGUUAUCAAUGGCUAUGCAUCCUCCAAUAGGAACAUCUCCUCUUCCUCCAUCCCGUACUCCUAAAACCACUGGACCAAGGCAUGAAGCUCCAUGGAUGCAACCAAGCAACACGAAAGGCUACAGCCAUAGCGCCCUCAGCACAGGACGGACUCCCUUUGCUGAUCUGUAUGGGGAAGAAUUUGAACACAGCAAAGAAACAACAACCAUUACAACUACAUGGCCAACGAGGGAGCGAAAGAUGAAUGUGAGCUAUGGAAAAGAAGUUGGAACCAGACAUCCUGAAGAAGCCAAGAUUUGUGGGAGAGCUUCUUUGCAGACCCUGUUUCCCACUGAGCCAUUUGGGAGCCAAAUGCCCAUCCGCCCUGGAAAUGGGCUGGUAGGAACUCGAAGGCCAUCUUCUCCUACCCUCUUGGUCGGAACUCGUGUAACUGGAGCAGGAAACAGUGUGAUACAGACCAGGAAUCCUAAUGGCCCAGGAAAGGCAGCAUCCCUAAGACAAUGUGGUGGGGGAUUGGCUGGCUCUUCCUCUGGACCAAAAUCUUCAUAUAUGGAGCGCACAACUAAGAGACUAGCGUCCGUAAACAAAAAUGGCAAAACGGCAGCUACAAGCCAAAAGCGUCCAGGAAUGGCAAGCAAAGAACAAAGCCCUACCUCAGAAGGUAAAUCUCUGCCAGCGAGAGAAAGGAGUACUCUUCUCAAAGAAGACACUUUGCCAGCAGUGGUGAGUGAGCCGAUGCGCACAAUGCCACCUGAAAGGGCCCCAGAGAGAACUGUGGCAAGUGAUAAAGGAUUUGUUAGUGUUGCUUCGUUCAGUUUACCCACCAUUUUGCUUCUUGGCAAACCAGCUUUGAAGGGGUCCCAAAGCUCUGCUGCAUUGGGGAGAACGGAACCUGUGACUAUCUCUGAGAGCCCAUCUACACAAUCCCUGGAAGCAAAAGCUUCCACUAAGCCUAAAGAAAUCCUCACCUUUGCAGAAGGGGAAAGGACUGAGCCAGGAAAUGCCACAGAACAGGUGUUCCUCCACGGAAGCCCUACUUGGAAAGGCCCAGCUGGCAGAAAUGGGGCACAGUCUCCCUCAUUGGAUAUGGAACCAGCAAGAUUGCCUCAAGUUGCUAUGGAAGGGACAGAUCUGCUGCUGCCAACUGGCUCCCUAAAAUCUCCCCGGCUCACAAACUUCAGUAGCCAACCAGUUCAGUCAACCAGCAGCCAACCCAGAAAGGAAGCCAUGCCAACUAUAGGAAAGGCUCUUACAGCGGAUACAGCGUCUGUACCAUCAACAUACCUAUCCAGGGCCACUCCUCUAGACACAUGGGGAAACCAGGCAGCUAUAUCAUCCGGUGCAAAGGAGGCUACACCUAGAAUUUCCAAGGAACGUGGAGAAACUGUUGUAGAGACCUAUGCCAGCACACUGGCUUCAGCUGAAACUCACAGAGUACCUUCUACUGGAGCAUCCACUCUGGGAUCCCCUGACAAACAUGCAGCAUCAACAGCUAAAAUUCCACAAUUCCAGCCUGUACUUCAAACUGAAAUGGAGUACCUCAAAGGAGUGACAUGGCCAGCUUCUGAAGUGACAACUUCAGGGCUGCUUUUGGAAGACAAAGGGAGGAGCCUGAGAAAGGAAAGCAGUAGGCAUGUAUCCAAAGAGAUGGAGGGAGCCAUAAAUUCAGGUAUUGGAUCAAAGAGAUCUGGACUGAAUGGUGCUGGUACAGCAGGUGUCACCAGCUUGGGUACUAGACCCUCCUCCUCUCAAUUAAGUUACACUAAUUUCAGUGAGGAAAGGGAAGGGCACACAACUCUCCACAGGAAGAAAGGGACUGUGCAUAGCUCUGCUGGUCCAACUAGCAAACCUAUUUCUGGUGCCUCCACGUAUCCUCACCUGGGCUACGGAACUACAGAAAUAGUACCCUCUGUUCCUGGUGUCCAGAACUCUCCUGGCACUGAGCAGAUGGAGACAGAGAUGAGUUCAGUUGCAAAGUAUCUGAUGGGCAUGGAAGAUGCUUCUGUGACUGCUAAAGUCUCCCAGGUGCAUCCCCAACCUCUUGGGUUGGCUGAAACUGGAAUUUGGAAGUACAAAAUUCCACAUGUAACCAGAGGCCCAGAAGAGGUAUAUAUUCACAAUAAGCUUCCUCUAAGCAAGGGGACUCCUCUAGGAAUAGGAAAGGGAAAGCAAACUGCUUCCUCUGCAGAAUCAUCCAGACAAGGCUCUGAGACCCGUAUUGCAGUGAAGUUGGAGGAAAUGUCUGGGAAGCAGACAAAGGAAACCAAGUCCAAGCAAAACAGGAUAUCCUCUAUAAACAACCAUAACUAUCUCCGCCAUGUUGACAAGCGGUCUUUGGCAGAGAUAAUGGCAACUCCAGCAUCACUGAUGGUGUCUCCACCAGCAGAAAUUGGUCCUGGUCAUGGAUCUGUUGGCCACAAAGAUGAGGCUCUCACAACACAAAAUGUGGCAAGGGUAAUGGAGUUAACAAAAGUUACAGGAAUGUCCAGAUCAUUGGCUCUUCUUCAAAGGCUGCAUUCUGCUCUGGAAAAGGCAGGAAACGACACAGUGGUCCACCACAGGACAGUAGUUCAGCCUCUGACCUUUUGCUCCUUUGAGAAGAACUUCUGUGGCUGGGAGCAAAGCAAGGAUGAUGACCUGGACUGGAUGCUUGAUGAGGGACGCGAGCAGUUUGCUCCUACUGUGGAAGGUAGAAACAUCCUUGGAAAGUCUUGCAAGACCUCAGGUGGUGGUCAUCUCUCCAUGAUGCCCUUGGCCCAUAUUCCUAGUCAAAAGGCUGUUCGGAUCAGCCCAGUCGCGGAUGGCAUCAGAUGUCUCAAGUUGUGGUACAGCCCAAUGGACCCAGUCCUGGGUGAAAUCACCAUCUACACAAAGCUCCUGAAUUCCUCUGAGUGGCACAAAGUGUGGUCUGUGAAGGGGAAUCAAGGCACUGGCUGGCAUCCAGUGACAAUAGCUAUUUCGGAGCUGUGUGAGCUGCUACAGGUGGCGCUGGAAGGGGUAGUUGGCCCCAAAGUGAGGUGUGGCACUGGAACUGAUGAUCUGUUUCUCUGUAGGAAGCCAUGUGGACAAUGUUACAAUGACAUUUCAAGGUUCUUGUGCAACAAGGGAACAAAAUAAAUUCAAGCAUUCUCCAA